AUGAGGACGAAAUUUCCACAGGGAAUAGGGCAGCUAACUUGCCUUCAAACAUUACCUUACUUUUCGGUGGGUAAUGAGAUUGGUCGUCGAAUUGAAGAGUUGGCUGGCCUGAAACAAUUGAAGGGUGAAUUAAUUGUUUGUCAUUUGGAGCAUGUGAAGAAUGGAGAAGAAGCAAAGAAAGCUAAGUUAGAGGAUAAGACGAAAGUACGCCAUUUACACUUCAAGUGGACAAAAGAUAGGUCAACAACUGACAACGAGGAGGAAGGUGUCCUAGAAGGCCUCCGACCACAUCUUAAGUUGGAGAACUUAAGUAUUGAAAACUUCAUGGGCGAUAAGUUUCCAACGUGGAUGAUGAAUGGGUUGAUGAAGAAGAUUGAGUUACUUGGAUGUGACAAAUGUGAAGGAGUCCCACCGCUCGGUCAUCUACCCAAUCUUACGGAGCUUAAUAUUAAAGGAAUGGCUAGCUUGAAAUGUGUUGGAGCUGAGUUCUAUGGUUAUGAUCUUGUAGCCACGCCAAGUAAGGAGAUGAUUACUUUAUUUCCAAAGUUAAAAGUAUUACAUAUUUCUGAGUGUGAUGAUCUAAAUGAAUGGAAGCAAGUACCAACAAUGUCAGGAAAAAAACUUGUGGUUUUUCCUUGUCUCGAGAUGUUGACCGUAAAAAAUUGUUCUAGAUUGAAAAAUGCUUCGAGUAAUUUUCUAUUCCAAAAGUUGGAGAUGUCUUCUUGUGAAGGAUUGUCGCGCCAACCGAGUGGGUUAAAGAGAUGCACCUCUCUCCAGAAAUUGAGUAUAGAGAAUUGCGAUGGAUUAUCAGGCCCAUUAAGUUUAGGGGCCUCUCUCUUGGAAGUGAGUAUAGGGAAUUACAAUGGAAUAUCAGUCCCAUUGAGUGCAGGGGCCUGUCUCGUGGAAUUGACAAUACGGAAUUGCAAUAAUCUGACAUCAAUUGAAAUUAAAGGCAGCGGGUCCCUCACCGACUCUCUUCAGAAAUUGACAAUCUGUGAUUGCCGUGAAUUAGCAAGCUUACCUGCUCUUCCACAACAAUGUCCCUCUCUUCAGGAAUUGGUGAUAGGGGAUUGCCCAAAGCUAUCAUCGUUUGGUGUCAAAAGUAGCAGAGCUGAGAAGGAGGAGGAGUGCAUUAGCCUACAAUCUACUUCAGACUUGCGCACCAUGACCUCCCUUCGACUACUAGAUAUUUACUAUUGUGAAAGAUUAGAAAGUUGGGUGAGCAGCCUACAAUUCCCACUCUCUCUUGAGACGCUGAAAUUAUGUGGUAUGCCUAAUUUACACAUUCUUCCAAGUUUAGACCACCUCCAUUCUCUCCGUACUUUGUGGAUUGUAAAUUGGCGAAACCUAAAAUAUCUGCCAACGGGGCUACAGUGGCCCACUGGCUUGCAGACAUUGUGGAUCGGUGGGUUCUGGGGGGAGCUCGAUUCCUUCCCUGAUUUUGAAGUUGGAUCAUUAACGAAUCUAACCUUGUAUGGUUGGCCUAAGCUCAAGUCUCUGCCUCAACAAAUUCAACACCUCACUUCUCUAACAGAAUUGUGGAUAUUUCGAAUUGAGGGAGUGGAGACUUUGCCAGAAUGGUUGGGUAGCCUUACAUCCCUUACAUCGCUGGAGAUUCAAGGUUGCAAGAAUCUGAAGAAUUUACCAAGUGUCCAAGCUAUGCAACGCCUCACCAAAUUAGAAUUUCUCUAUAUUUAUGGAUGCCAUCCCCUUCUAGAGGAAAGAUGCAGGAGGAACAGCGGCACAGAUUGGCCUAAGAUUUCUCACAUUCGAGAUUUCAUGAGUAAGUUUUAA